AUGGGCAAAUCCAUCUCUCCAGACGGGAUCAUUGCCAUUCGCAAAGCCGUCGACGAUGCCUGCGUCGAUAAGGUCAAGGGUCUCCCUGGCGUGACCGUCGUAGUGGUCAACAAGCAGGGAGAAGAGCUUCUCGCCCAUACAGCAGGAAAUAAAGGAGAUGCAGCCUCGGAAGCGCCCUUGGCUCUCGAUGCGGUGUACUAUAUGGCGUCCUUUACUAAACUGAUCACUGGCAUUGCCUGCAUGCAGUUAGUUGAAAGGGGGGAACUGUCCUUGGAUGAUGCCGAGAUGCUCGAAAGGCUUUGCCCCGAAUUGAAGGAAGUGAAAGUCCUCCAGGAUGAUGGUACUCUCGUUCCGAAGAAAAAGGGAAUCACACUUCGCAUGCUUCUUUCUCAUACCUCUGGGUUUGGAUAUUCGAACGGCAAUAAGAAACUGGAGGGAUUCCUGGAGAAUACUGGCAAGUUUGACCAGUUUCUGCAGCCACUCGUUAAUCAGCCCGGCGAGAAGUGGGAGUACGGUAUUAGCAUCGACUGGGCUGGUAUAGUGGUCGAGCGAGCUACCAACAUGAGACUGGGAGCGUAUUUCCAGUCGAAUAUCUUUGAUCCUCUUAGUAUCAAGGAUAUCUCUCUGCUCCCAUCCGACGAGAUGAGAUCUAAGCUCGUUACCAUGCAUCGACGGCAUCCCGACGGAACAUUAAGACCGAUGGACUAUAACUUGCUUAAGGCUGUAUCAACUCUAUCAACUCGGACUAACGAAGAGCGAGAACAAUUUUUUCAGGGCGGCGGAGCCGGCGCCUUUGGAACGAUGAGGGACUAUUCUAGCAUCCUCGCAGCACUCAUCAAUGGCGGCACAUCGCCGACGACCGGCAACAGGAUCCUAACUGCCAAAACGGUAGAGUCCAUGUUCCAAAACCAAGUGCCGGACAUGCACAACUUUCACUGCGAGCUGCUGCCCCAUAUCUCGCCAGUUAACCCUGCGGAACUGCCCUCCUACGGGUGGGGGUUAACCUUCAUGAUGACAUCGACCCCCCUGGGCAGAAGUGCAAACAGCGGUUUCUGGGCCGGGGCGCCAAACUGCUACUGGUGGUGUGAUCGUGAGCAUGAGAUCGGAGUCGUGAUAGCAACGCAGGUCUUGCCCAUCGGCGAUGCUAAUGUCCUCAGGCUGUGGCAUACCGUUGAAUCGACCAUCUACCAGCAGUUACAGUGA